UUUCCUUUUCUUUCUUCUGGUGUUGCUCUGUGGAGUUUCUGUCUGGGUCGUGUUACUCGGCGAGUGUCGUGAAGGAAAGGUUCCCAAGGGGUUCAUUCUUCUUGGUAGUGUUCGAUAAUUGGUCCAGCUUGAUUCACAGAAUGAUUUAGUUUGUCCGGGAAUUCAAUGACAAUUAAAUUUUGAAGGCAGUUGAAUUGGUGUUGGAGAUUUCGGGAAUUGAAAUUUUGGAAGCAGAUGAAUGGAGCAUCCAUUGAAGCCGAGGAGAUGCUGUCUGAUCAGAUAGGGUCGAUUGGUGAUGUCUAAAGAUGUAGUUCUGAUUGAGUUCAAAGUUUCAAACGUCACUAGAUUGAAAUAAUGGGGAUAAUGGCAAUUUUGGCGAGAGGCGUAUAUGACAGUGAUUUACCUGAACUAACUGGACGUGCAAUGUCGGUCGUUUAAACGGUUAAAAUGAUGAAUUUGAGAUUGACCAAAGUAUUGCUACAGGAUGUGCGCAAUUGUUGCUGAAAUCUCUUUGCAUUGCCUGUAUGUACUGCAUACUGUACAAUCAGAACUCGAAAAGAAUUAGGUUGCUGGUGGACCUUAAAAAUGACUAGGCGGGACGAAACAAGUAUGAACAAGUAGUGUAUACCUUACAAAAGCAGAAAGCGGUGCACAAUAUCUAAAUAGAUUAAACGUGCCUACAACACAAUAAUUAAUACCUAACAGUCAAAACCUGUAUAUAACAGUAUAUAUACAGCAUAACAGUAUGUUAUAUAAUCAGCAAAAGGAAGGAAGAACCAAAAUUGAUGAUGAUGGGGAUGGAGGAGAUGAAAACCCUUUCUAACUUUUCUUUGUUCUUUUCAUUUUGCUUGCAGUCAGACUGGCUCAGGUGCCUUAGCCGGCCGAUGUCCCUGCCUGGGUACUAUAGCCUAGUCACAAACAGGGUUUCUCAGAGCCCAGGUGUUGUGCUUUUCAGUUUUGACUACUGUGAUUGCACUAUUUCUGAGAACUUGUUCCUGUGGGUGGUAUUCUUGCCAUGAAAUUUGAUUUUCUUUUGUCACUUUCAAUUGAUCGUAUGAGAUCAGUGGUAGUUUUGGAAGGUCAUAAUAUGUAUAAGAUUUGAAAAAGAAAGAGCAAUAAUUGGUUGAUGGAUAUCUUGGAAAUUUACGUCGAAAGGAUCUUUGGAAUUUCUUCAAUAAGUAGGAUAAAAAUGGUGAUGAAAGAAGUCAUACGAUAGAUCUCAGACGGGGAUGUUUUUUACAUGUAAAUUAAACAUCCCUUGAGUGAUGCUGUUAUUAAUCAAGAUCAUCUUUAGUUUUUACAGGGAUCAUCAAUAUCCUUCUUGUCAGCUGUCAGCCAGUUUUUUUUUUUUUUGCAAGAUAUAUAAAAUUCGGGGAUGCAUUUGAACUCCAAAACUGAAAAGACAAAAGAACAAAAUACAAGGUGUUGAAUAAUAGGCUUCAUGUUAAUUUUCUUUAAAAGAAUAUAAAAACUCAUAGUUCUUAAGAUAUUAAAUUGACAAAAUAAGAAAGGCAGAAGUGUAAGCAGGUGGUAAGAGGGAUAUGUUAAUAGUGUCAAGUGGAAGACCCUGGAUGAAGUCAAGCCAUGCCAUUCUAUCCUCUGUACUUUUCGAUAGUGUUGCCCUUGUAAAGGUUGGUGGUCAGGUCUCACCCUUUCUCAAAAAACAAUGACUUCAAAGCCGUUCAGAUAGAUUCAUUUUGUUCAUAAUUCUAUUGGUCCAGACUAACCUACUUGUUCCUUUUUUGCAGGUGGUUUGAAGGUUCCAUUUUUGUUUCUAACGAAUGGAGGUGGUGUUCGAGAGUCAAAGAGAGCCAAGGAAUUAAGUUUGCAAUUAGGGAUUAACAUAUUGCAUCAGCAGAAUUUGAUUGUAGAUUGCAGAUCCUUCUUGGCCUCUUUUCCUGAUGCAGGUUUUACAGGGUCAUACACCUUUCAAAGAUCUUGCAAAUAGGUUUAAAGAAGGUCUAGUCAUUGCCGUGGGAAAAGGAGAACCAGCAGAUGUUAUGCUUGAGUACGGUUUCAAAAAUGUUCUUUCAAUCGAUGAGUAUGCAUCAUACUUUGAUGGCAUAGAUCCCUUAUCCCCAUAUAAAACAUGGAAAACCAGGAGCAUGAUCGAUAAGGGAGAAAAAGAACCAUGUAAACCACCUCAUACGAGGAAUGUUUUUUCAGAAAGAGUGGAAGCUGCAUUUGUUGUUAGUGACCCUGUUGAUUGGGGCAGGGAUAUCCAGGUACUGUGUGAUGUUUUAAGAUCUGGAGGUCUGCCUGGCAGAGAAAACUCCCACCAGCCUCCUCUUUUUUUUGCAAAUGAUGAUCUUGAGUACCAGGCUGUGUUUCCUACAAAUCGUCUUGGAAUGGGUGCUUAUCGCAUAGCACUUGAGGCCAUUUUCAAUAGAAUUCAUGAUAAUGCUCUUGAGUACACAUGCUUUGGGAAGCCAAAUCCAUCUGUUUUCAGAAAUGCAGAAAACAUAUUAAGUCAUCUUCCAUGUUGUCCUAAUGUGGAGCCAUAUAAGGGAAACAGUACCAUCACUGGAACUCAUUUAUUCAAAACUAUAUACAUGGUGGGGGAUAACCCGGCAGUGGACAUCAGUGGAGCACGGCAGGCUGGUCACCCUUGGUUUAGUAUUUUGACAAGGACAGGAGUUUUCAAGGGAAAAGAGAACGAUCCCCAGUUCCCAGCAGAUCUCGUAGUUGAUAAUGUUGGAGACGCCGUAGAUUACAUAUUGAGGCAGGAAGGCUUCGUGUGACUGUAAGCAUGGCAAUUUUAUCAUCGCCGUUUUGCUACUCAUUGUUUUUAUCUUCUCUUCCAAUGGAGAAAAAAUUUUGUAUUAUGUUAAGCAACCAUCCUUGGAGGAACUCUGACGAUGGCAAUUGGUUGAAUGCAAGAAUGGUUAACCGGCUAUUUCUGCUAA